AUGGCAGCGAAAUUCAAAAGGGAUAUGGUUAAUGGUAUUGAAAGGUCAUUAAAGUUAUAUUGUGACAUUAAAUCCACAGUGUUGUAUUUCAAUAACAACAAAAGCUCUUCAAAAUCAAAAUAUAUUGAUAUUAAGUUUCUAGUUGUUAAAGAAAGAAUUCAAAACGGUGAGAUUUCUAUAGAAUACAUUAGGAUGAACUCCAUGCUUGCGGAUCCGCUCACAAAGGGUUUCGUGCCCAAUGUCUUUCAUGAGUACAUUGCUCAUACAAGGAUAACCCCAACAAUUUUUACUCCUGAAAGUGAAUAUGUUUAUUAUCUUUCCCUGGAAAGACUAAACAAAGCCAUCGUCCUAGACUGUAGCAAUGUUUCCCCAAACCUCAUCAAGAAUGCUGAAGCUAUUGAAGGAGCUGGAGGGCCUGGAUCCAUUAAGAAGCUCACACUAGCUGAAAGUGAUAAACAACGGAUUGAUGGCCGCAUUGUCGAUUAUCAGACGCAAAUCGCUCGCGUUGAGUCACGGAUUGAAGAUCAUCAAGUACAGAUGAAUCGUGUUGAAUCACGACUUGAUAAUAAUCAGGCUCAGAUGAAGUUGAUGUUAAAUCAACUUCAACAGCUUAACAGCAAUUUCGCGACUUCGGAUUCCAGGGUUCAUACGCGACCUCUACGUUCCCCUAUUUUGACCCAUUCUUCGGAAUCAAUGUCCAUAGGUGGUGCACGUCCGGAGUUCAAUCUUUCUAAGUCGAUUCGUUUAGAAAUUCCACUGUUCAAUGCAAAUCCAAGAGGAAUUCAAGGUUCCUUUAGCUGGGUUGCGGAUGGAUGGUAUGGCUGGCGCGUGGUAUCAGUGGAUGUACCACAGUGGAACCAUUCAUUCAUGGGGCGAUUUGGUGAUUGCUUGCAUCAGCGAUUUGGAGUCUCUGCCUUUACGAACCUUAAGGGUGUUUUAUCGAAGCUUUCUCAAACAGAUUCCUUGCGUGAUUAUAUUCGAGAGUUUGAGGCUCUUCUUAAUCAGGUACCUGGUUUGGACGAUGACUUAUAUAUGAGUUUCUUUGUGUCUGGCUUACAACCAGAACUUAGAAGUGCUGUUCAGCUUCGGACUCCCUCCACUCUUCAUUUGGCCAUGCAAAUUGCUCUUGCAUAUGAUGAUCACCAUUCGGAGUUGAAAUCUUCGUUCUCGGUACAUCAAAGGAAGGUUUUUUCUAAGCCUUUCACACAGGCUGAUCCCUUACCAGCCCCAGUUCAUAGCAAACCAGUGUCACAAAAUUCACCUGCUACUCAGCCUUUGGCGCUUCCGGCACCUUCCCAGAUGAGACGUUUAUCUCAUGAGGAGCUGCAACAAAAACGUGAGCAGGGUUUGUGCUACUAUUGUAAUGAGAAAUGGAAUGGUAAACACAAGUGUAAACACAGAUUUCUACUGUUGAUUGGUGAUAUUGAUGAGUCUGAUAAUGACGUGGAGGAGGAGGAGAUAGUGUGGAAACCAGAAAAUGAUACCACUGACAUUAAAGAUGCUGCUUUGCAUGCUAUGGGAGAUCAUUCUUUUGGUCAUUCCCUCAGGUUUAAGAUAGUUUUCUCCCAUAAGGAGGUUAGUAUAUUAAUUGAUUCUGGCAGUACUCAGAAUUUUAUUCAAAAGCAAUUAGCUCUUGAAUUGCAAUUGUCAAUUACUAAGGUGAAGAAAUUGCGUGUCUAUUUGGGCAAUGGUGAAGUUCUAGUCAUUGACCGCAAAUGUCUUAAUGUUCCAAUUGAGUUACAAGGUGUGCAGUUCUCUGUUGAUUUAUGGUUGUUAGAAUUGAGUGACUUACAAAUCAUCUUGGGAAUGCCAUGGUUGGAGAAAUUAGGGAGAGUUACUCAUGAUUAUAUGAGAGGUUCUAUGGAAUUUGUCUGGCAUGGGAAGGAUGUGAUGUUAACAGGAGGGAAAGACGAGCCACUACAUUCCCAAACAGAUACUGCUAAUGCCAUCAGUACAACCAUUUGCUAUGCCAUUUCUCAAAGAAGUGAUUCCUUGGAAGUGACCAACUCUGAAUUACUCGGCAUCCAGAAUCAAGUGUCAUCAGAAUUAUGGCCGGUGUUGCUUCAUUUCCAAUCUAUUUUUCAAGUUCCACAUGAGUUGCCUCUAUUUCGUGGCUUGAACCAUGCAAUCCAUCUCUUAGACAAGGUUCCACCAGUGAAUGUUAAGCCAUAUAGGUAUGCACAUUGUCAGAAAACAGAGAUCGAACAACAAAUUUCUGACUUGCUUGCCAAUGGUUUCAUUCAACACUCUCAGAGCCCUUUCUCCUCUCUAGUGUUGUUGGUCAAGAAGCAGGAUGAAUCAUGGAGGAUGUAUGAAUUGCUAGAUGAACUGGGCAAUGCAUCAGUAUUUACAAAAUUGGACUUGAGGGCUGGCUAUCACCAGAUAAGAGUCCAACCAGCAGAUGUGGAGAAGACUACUUUUAGAACACACCAAGGACAUUACGAAUUCCUUGUAAUGCCUUUUGGUUUGACGAAUGCACCAGCAACCUUCCAGGCAGUGAUGAAUCAACUCUUCAAACCAUAUUUGAGAAAAUUCAUAAUUGUUUUUUUCGAUGACAUUUUGGUGUUUAGCAAAUCCUUAUCUGACCAUAUUGAGCAUUUGCGUAUAGCCUUGUUUCAUUUACAGCAGCACAGGUUUUUUGUCAAGCUCUCUAAGUUCCAGUUUGGUGCAUCUUCAAUUGAUUACUUAGGCCACAUUGUUUCGAAACAAGGAGUACAAGCAGACCCCAAAAAGAUAGCAGCUAUGGUGAGUUGGCUUGAACCAAAAUCCUUGAAACAAUCGAGGGGAUUUUUGGGAUUAACAGGUUAUUAUCGAAGAUUCGUGCAAGGGUAUGCAUCAUUAGCAGCUCCCUUAACCGAUUUGUUAAAAGGUGGUAAGGACUUGCCAUGGUCUGCAACAGUUGCUCAAGCCUUUAUUCAGUUGAAGGAGAAAAUGGCUAACACUCCUGUGUUGGUGCUACCCGACUUCAAGCUUCCUUUUGUUAUUGAAACGGAUGCAUCCAACAGUGAAAUAGGAGUUGUCCUUCUCCAACAGGAUAGACCACUGGCAUUCUUUAGUCAGAAACUUGGAAGUAGGAUGUCCAAUGCCUCUACAUAUGUAAGGGAACUUUAUGCCAUUACUGUAGCUGUUAAAAGAUGGCGCCAGUACCUUCUUGGAUCCUUCUUCACCAUCAGAACAGACCAUAGGAGCAUCAAGGAGUUGCUCACUCAAACCAUCCAAACUAUUGAACAACAGAAGUACAUAUGCAAGUUGAUGGGGUAUGCAUUUCGAAUUGAGUAUAAGGCAGGAAGCUCUAACAUCGUUGCUGAUGCCUUAUCAAGAAUUCAUGAAGAAGCAUCAGUCAAUGCCUUGCUGUCUGAACCAGUUUUUGAUAUUCUCAAGGAGAUCAAGCAGCAAAACACUGAGGAUUCUUACUUACUGCAUUGCCAACAGCAGGUACAGAAUAACUCAACUGAUGUAAGUUUACUAACAGUGAAGGAUGGCAUUGUUUUUCAUAAAAACAGGUUCCUCUUGAGUCCUAAGUCUUUGUUGAUUCCUGGGUUAAUUCGAGAAGCUUAUGCAUCUCCUGUGGGGGGCCAUGCUAGCAUCACACGUACCUUCUUGAGAUUGUCAACAAAUUUUUAUUGGACUACCAUGAGAGCUGAUGUGAAACAGUAUGUCAGUGAGUGUUCCAUUUGUCAGCAAGUAAAGUAUGAGGCCAAUAAACCUACGCGUUUAUUACAACCCUUACCAGUUCCUGAAGGAAUAUUUGAGGAUUUAUCGAUGGACUUUAUAGUGGGUUUACCACUGUCUCAUGGUCAUUGUACCAUCCUUGUGGUCAUUCACAGACUUUCAAAAUUUGCUUAUUUUGGAAGGCUUCCUCGUUCCUACACAGCUGCAGUGGUUGCUCAUCUUUUUUGUGAAUUGGUAGUCUCAAACCAUGGGUUUCCAUGUUCCUUGUUGACUGAUCGAGACCCAGUUUUUAUGAGUCAAUUUUGGACUCAAUUGUUCAAAUUGAGUGGGACUCAGUUGCGCACAACUACUGCCUAUCAUCCACAAUCUGAUGGACAAACCGAAGUAACCAAUCGGUACCUGGAACAGUACUUAAGGGCAUUUUGCCAUGAGCAGCCAAUGCAAUGGUCCAAAUUCAUUAGUUGGGCUCAACUCCAUUAUAAUUCCUCUGUUCAUUCUGCCAUUGCUAUGACCCCUUAUGAAGCAGUUUAUGGAAGGCCUCCUAUGAUGAUUCCACACUAUCCUCGUGGACUGCUAAAGGUGGAAGCUGUAGAUUCGGUCUUGUCUCAACGAAAUGAGAUAUUGUCUCGCCUCAAGACACAUUUGGAACGAGCUAGGAACUGUAUGAAAGUGCAAGCUGAUAAGCACCGCAGAGAACGCACUUUUCAGGUUCAUCCCACUUUCCAUGUUUCAGUGUUGAAACCUAUGAGGCAAUCUGAGGGAUCAGUGCUUCCAGCAGUUCCCCUGCCUCUGUUGGCUGUUGAUAAUAAGCCAGUCCAAGAACCGUUGGCUGUGGUGGCCAAGCGAGCUCUUCACGGCAAUGGUCAAACCCAAUAUCAGUUCUUGGUCCAAUGGACUCAUUCUGUACCUGAGGACUCCACCUGGGAGAAUGCAGAUGAUCUCCAGCGCUGUUAUCCGAACUUAAACCUUGAGGACAAGGUUUCUUUUGAAGAUGGGGGCAAUGUUACGAAGAGAAGUUCAACACGUGUCAAGGCUCCUCCACUUAAGCUUCAAUGUUGUAACAAUUGUUUCAUUGAAGACAGUGCUUUCAGAGAAACAUUAGAGAAGAUUUCUUAUGAGUACAAAUUAGUGGCAACCCUUGACGGAGGAUUUGUCAAAUCUACAAGCAAAUACUAUAUAUGGACAACUCACAAAAGAGUUUUUGAACAAUGGCAAAGACAGUCUUUAUCUUGGUAA